CGCUGACAGAUUCCCUAAUAGACACCUGCCUAAUUCAAAGACCUUCCAACGAAUCGAUCAGCGGUUACGAGAAACUGAGACACCGUUGAAGAAAUUAUGAGGGCAGUUAUAUAUUCGGCAUUGAUGUUUUUUGAGUUUUUUAUCUGCUAUUGUUUCCCUGCCCAGGAAUUGAUGACACAGAGCAAAGAACUUCCCGACAUCUUGUACUGCACAAACUGGUACAGAUAUCAGAAACAUUCCAAAGAUGUGUUGACGUUUCUUGGCAAAUGUCAAGUACCAAUAACGUUGAAUGUAGGAGGAAUGGUUGAAUUGGACCUAAGAACAGCAGUCGCGGCAUUGAAGACAAUGGUAUCUUACAGCAUGUUUUUGAGAACUAUGACUCUACUCUCAGAAGGCUAAAGUUGAG